ACUGAAGUUGACGUUGUGUAGAUAAUACGGUUUAUAAGAAUGAAACAACAGUGAACGAUUGGCAUUUUCAGACGCUACUUCUAAUCGAUAACAUGAAGUCCUUCAUCCUCUUGCUGGCUUUAGCUUUCUCGGCUACAGCGCUACCCGCUCCAAAUGAUGGUCGCAUUAAUGGAGGGACGAUGGCUAAUCCUGGAGAUAUCCCUUUCAUCGUUUCAAUCACCGACAGCGAUCGCCAUUACUGCAACGGAUUCAUCUACAGUGCACGAUGGAUCAUCACAACAGCUUCGUGUGUUGUUGGGAGAACUAUAUCUAAAUUGAAAGUCAUUGCCGGUCAAGUGAGUGGAAUCAACCCAGAUGUUAAUGAGCAAAAAAUUAGUGUCUACACCAUCACUGCUUCGCCAUUGUACAAUAGCACGACCGGAUAUAACGACAUUGCUCUCGUCAAGCUUACAGCAGACAUUGUUUUUGACUAUGUCAAUGUGGAUUUCAUCGGAUACAAUGAGGCAGAUGGUAGUCUGACAGCGACAGCCAUGGGAUGGGGAGCCACAGUUGACGGAGGACUUGAAACCGUCAAUCUUCGCUACGGUGAAGUUGAUUUAGUAAUUGUGACUUCAACAGACCUAUGUGGAGCUUACGACACCACCCAAUUCAAUUUUGCAACCAUGCUUUGCACUAUUGCUACCACUACAACUGGCACAAUUCCUGCUGGUUCUCCUUGUCAAUAUGAUGAGGGAUCUCCACUUGUUCAAAUGUUUGGCACUGUACCAACCGCUGUGGGAAUUUUGUCCAAAACGGAUGGAUGCGCGUCGGACGCUCAUGGCGUUUACAUCCGCGUAUCCGUCUACUAUUCAUGGAUAGCAAACACGGCUGGUCCGCAGCCAAUCAGACCGACACCCCCACCUGCACCGUUCGAUGUGUAAACAGGUAAACUUGAAACGCAUUUGUUGGUCCUGAAAUUCGUGUAUUUUAGUAACUACCAUGCCGUUCAUUUAUGACUGGGUAAAGCCAAUGUCUUCUUAUCUUCGUUGUUCAUUCUUAUACGUAUAGUUACAAAUAAAUAGCAUCGCUUGUGUGACCUACACACGCAAAAACAA